AACGCCGAGGAAUUCCCCAAUUAAUCUCCACCCAACCAUCGAACCCUAGCUCCUCCUCCUCCUCGUCCUCUUCGCCACCGUCCAUGGCCUCCCUGACCCUCUCACCGGCAUCGUCGUCCUCACUCCUCUCCCGCCCCCACACUCUCCUCUCUCGCUCUUGCUUUCCCUCCUCCGCUUCCUUCUCUCUGUUCACAACGAGAUGCCAAUUUUUUGGGCCACUGAGGUUCAACAAUGGCGCGCCACCGUGCAUCCCCGUGAUCAACGAAUCCUCGCUGCCGGGCUUAUUGUCAACACCACGGCUUCAAGAGAUAGGCGGCAAGAAUGAUACCCGCCUUCGCAUCUUUUCCGGCACUGCCAACCCCGCUCUUGCCCAGGAAAUCGCUAGUUACUUGGGCCUGGAGCUUGGGAAGAUCAAAAUCAAGCGCUUUGCGGAUGGAGAAAUCUAUGUUCAGUUGCAAGAGAGUGUCAGAGGAUGUGAUGUCUUUCUAGUGCAACCAACUUGCCCUCCUGCUAAUGAGAACCUCAUGGAGCUUCUGAUAAUGAUCGAUGCUUGCCGCAGAGCAUCGGCGAAGAAUAUCACAGCUGUGAUUCCUUACUUUGGUUAUGCUAGAGCUGAUAGAAAGACUCAAGGGCGUGAGUCCAUAGCUGCCAAACUUGUUGCAAAUCUGAUUACAGAAGCAGGGGCUAACCGUGUGCUUGCUUGUGAUCUUCACUCUGGACAGUCCAUGGGAUACUUUGAUAUUCCAGUGGAUCACGUAUAUGGUCAGCCUGUGAUCCUUGAUUAUCUGGCUAGCAAGACCAUAUGUUCAAAUGAUUUGGUAGUUGUCUCUCCAGAUGUUGGUGGUGUUGCAAGGGCACGUGCUUUUGCAAAGAAGUUGUCAGAUGCUCCUCUAGCCAUUGUGGAUAAAAGGCGUCAUGGACAUAAUGUUGCUGAGGUAAUGAAUCUUAUUGGGGAUGUUCGUGGAAAGGUGGCUGUUAUGGUGGAUGACAUGAUUGAUACUGCCGGGACAAUUGCAAAAGGUGCAUCUCUAUUACAUCAAGAAGGGGCAAGAGAAGUCUAUGCUUGCAGUACCCACGCUGUUUUCAGCCCUCCAGCAAUUGAAAGGCUUUCUAGUGGCCUGUUUCAAGAAGUUAUCAUAACAAAUACGAUCCCAGUGUUGGAGCAGAAGAGUUUCCCUCAGUUGACAGUUCUAUCAGUGGCAAAUCUGUUAGGCGAGACUAUUUGGCGAGUUUAUGAUGAUUGCUCUGUUGGCUAUGAACCAUACUCCAGCCUGGACAUUGAUUGAUCAUCUUUGGUGGUGGAGUUAACAUGUCUGUUCGCCAUUCUCGCUUUCUCCUUAGAUAUGGACCCUUGAGCGUUCUUUCGAGCUGUUCACUCUAGUUGUCAUAUACAUAGUUGUCUUAAUACAGGUUCCUAGUAAUGUUUGUACUGCUCUAAGAGUAUAGAAUGAGUACAUUAAAAUGCUUGUUUUUUGAGCUCUUGUUAGUAGUCGAUGUAAAAACCCAGGUGAUUUGAUGCUUUUGUGCACAAUAUUUUGCAUGAAGUGCUGGUUUUAGGGUUUGUAAUAUCUUGACGAUGGAUUAAUUUGUUUGUUCCUGAGCUCCGAAAGAACGUCUAGUUGAGCUCAGUCUCCAACCAUGUCUAUCCAGGGAUGUAUGCCUCUGUUUGUUGUAAUUAAUCUCAUUAUAAACUAACAGUGUUGUAUCUGCCAA